AGGCUUAUUUGUGGAGAUAAAGAGAGCAGGCUCCCCUCUUUUACUCCACCACCCCCACUGCCCCCUCUAGCUUUUUCAGUAGUAAAACCCCAUCUCUACCAAAAGCAAAAGCACACCAUUUCUUCUGCAAUGGCCAAAACCAGUAAACCCAAAAAAACCACCAAACAAAACCACAAAAUAUCAAAUCAAACCAAAGCUCCCAAACAAAACCAAACCAACACUAGUCUCCCCAAACCAGAAAAACCAGCUUCUUGGGCAGUUGUGAGAAGCCUCUUCACUUGCAAACACCUUCAAGCCCAGCAGCAACAACAGCCACAAAUUCAAGAAAAUGAAAAGCAGAAACAGCCGCCACCACCCCCACCACCACCACCACCGCAACAACAACAACAACAACAAAAGCAGCUGAAACAAGAGCAACUCAAUGAAGACAACAAGAAAAACAAGAAAAUGAACUGCUCAGGGUCAUCUCUGUGUAGCAACACUAAGGUCAUGCACAGGCCUGAAACUUCAUCAUCAACCUCCCCGGAAAACAUGAAAAAAAGGGCUGCAGCUGCAAUGAACAUUGAUGGGUCCAGCUCUAGCAGAUCCAUGAAAACUCCCUUAAAAGAGUUCAAUGGAAGUUCAUCUUCUUCACUGUCUUCUCCUCUGAGAGGCAUCCCAUUCAGGAAACUCUCUGGUUGCUAUGAGUGCAGAAUGGUAGUUGAUCCAGUUCUUGGUUUCACUAGAGACCCUUCUCUCAGAGCCACCAUUUGUUCUUGUCCUCAAUGUGGUGAGAUUUUCAUGAAACCUGAAAACCUGGAGCUUCAUCAAACUGUUAGGCAUGCAGUAUCUGAACUGGGGCCAGAAGACACAAGCAAAAACAUAGUAGAAAUCAUAUUCCAAUCAAGCUGGCUAAGAAAACAACAAUCCCCAGUAUGCAAAAUCGACAGAAUCCUCAAGAUCCAGAACACCCCCAAAACUAUCUCGAAAUUUGAAGAGUACAGAGACUCCAUCAAGACCAAAGCCACCAAGCUCCCCAAGAAACACCCCCGGUGUAUUGCAGACGGCAAUGAGCUUCUCCGAUUCCACUGCACGACUUUCAUGUGUUCAUUAGGCCUCAAUGGGUCAUCAAAUCUCUGCAACUCAAUCCCGCAUUGUGGGGUUUGCAGUAUCAUCAAAAAUGGUUUUAAGGUCGCCGGAAAUGGGAUUCUGACGACGGCCACCAGUGGGAAAGCUCAUGAUGAUUCUGGGGUGGGGCCGGAGAAUGAGAAAAGGGCCAUGUUGGUGUGCCGGGUGAUUGCUGGAAAGGUGAAGAAAGGCGAAGAAGGGGGGUCGGAGGAGUAUGAUUCCGUCGCCGGAGCUGCCGGAGUUUAUGCUAAUUUUGAUGAGUUGUAUGUUUUUAAUGCAAAAGCUAUUUUGCCUUGUUUUGUUGUUAUCUAUGGGGGCUUUUAGAUGGAGGGAUCAUUUGGUCAUUUCAAUGUCCUUUGCUGAUGAUAUUGCUUAAGAUUUGUAAUCUCUCCUACCCAAAGUCAUCGGUUCCACAAAACACUUAUGUACAAUGUAUGUCUUUCUUUUUCUCAUGGGACCGAUAUAAGUCUAUAUACUCAUCCUGUUUUUUACUAUA